CCUGUCAAGCACCCUGGAAACUUUGUGAGUUUGGGGAUUGUUGUGUCCAAUAACCGGACUCAGAAGGGACUUCCCUGCUCGACUGGCUCUCGGUUUCUCUGCUCACCUCCGGAUAAAUUACGGGGUCUCCCGCAUCGCGUAUGGCGCCUCCCGUCCGCCUCCAGCGUCCUUUUCCUUCCCGGCGCUUUCCUGGGUUGCUUCUGGCGGCCCUGGUGUUGCGGCUGUCCUCCUUCUCCGAUCAAUGCAAUGCCCCAGAACAGCUUCCAUUUGCCAGGCCUACCAACCUAACUGAUGCAUCUGAGUUUCCCGUUGGGACACAUCUGAAGUAUGAAUGCCUCCCUGGUUAUCACGGAAAACCAUUUUCUAUCAUCUGCCUAAAAAACUCAGUCUGGACAAGUGCUAAGGACAAGUGCACACGUAAAUCAUGUCAUAAUCCUAAAGAUCCUGUGAAUGGCAUGGUGCAUGUGAUCAAAGACAUCCAGUUCGGAUCCCAAAUUAAUUAUUCUUGUAAUAAAGGAUACCGACUCAUUGGUUCCUCGUCCGCCACAUGCAUCAUCUCAGACAAUACUGUCAUUUGGGAUAAUGAAACACCUAUUUGUGAGAUAAUUCCUUGUGGGCUACCCCCCACCAUCGCCAAUGGAGAUUUCUUUAGCACCAGCAGAGAGUAUUUUCCCUACGGAUCUGUGGUGACCUACCGCUGCAAUCUUGGAAGCGGAAGGAAAAAGCUGUUUGAGCUCGUGGGUGAGCCCUCCAUAUACUGCACCAGCAAAGAUGACCAAGUGGGCAUCUGGAGCGGCCCGGCCCCUCAGUGCAUUAUACCUAACAAAUGUAUGCCUCCAAAUGUGGAAAAUGGAAUAUUGGUAUCUGUCAACAGAAGCUUAUUUUCCUUAAAUGAAGUUGUGGAGUUUAGGUGUCAGCCUGGCUUUGUCAUGAAAGGACCCCGCCAUGUGCAAUGCCAGGCCCUGAACAAAUGGGAGCCAGAGUUACCAAGCUGCUCCAGGGUGUGUCAGCCGCCUCCAGAAAUCCUGCAUGGUGAGCAUACUCCAAGCCAUCAGGACUUUUCACCUGGGCAGGAAGUGUUCUACAGCUGUGAGCCCGGCUAUGACCUCAGAGGGGCUGCGUCUCUGCACUGCACGCCCCAGGGAGACUGGAACCCUGAAGCCCCCAUAUGUACAGUGAAAUCCUGUGAUGACUUCCUGGGCCAACUUCCUCAUGGCCGUGUGCUGUUUCCACUCAAUCUCCAGCUUGGAGCAAAGGUGUCCUUUGUUUGCGAUGAAGGGUUCCGAUUAAAAGGCAGGUUUGCUAGUCAUUGUGUCUUGGCUGGAAUGAAAGCCCUUUGGAAUAGCAGUGUUCCAGUGUGUGAACAAAUCUUUUGCCCAAAUCCUCCAGCUAUCCUUAAUGGGAGACACAUAGGAGCUCCCCUUGGAGAUAUUCCCUAUGGAAAAGAAGUAUCUUACACAUGCGACCCUCCAGACAGAGGGAUGACCUUCAACCUCAUUGGGGAGAGCACCAUCCGCUGCACAAGUGACCCUCAAGGGAAUGGGGUUUGGAGCAGCCCCGCCCCUCGCUGUGAACUUUCUGUUCCUGCUGGUGCAAAUGACGCUCUUAUAGUUGGUAAGUUUUAUGAAGGGUUUGCUGAGGAAUUCUGGCAUCCUUAACAGUAAGUACCUACUUACAAUGAAUGAAAUGCAAAAAGAGAGAUUAAAAUAUCUUGAGUUGUAAAUUCAACUAGAAAGAAAAUCAUGAUGAGUUUAGGCCAGGAUAUGGUGGAACUGGCAUCAUCAUAUGCCAGGUUACUGAGUAACCUUCCUCAAAGGUUCUUUACUAUCUUUGAACCACUACAAAUGCAUAAUCAUUCAACAGUGUCAAAAAUAACUUAUUUGAAUGUGGUGGGAGAAUGAAGCUUCUUCUUUGGGUUAUAACCUGGAGUAUGCUUCCAGAUGGUGAUUGUGCCCAUUUGCACAAAUAGAAAGCCACAAGAUCAGUCUUCUGAGCCCAUAUCUGUGAUCUGCCUAUGUUAGAAGAGUAGUUUUGUAAUAGAGUUUGCUUCCAAGGGAAUUUCUGUGGCAUGGUAUUCUUACAUCCCUUUUUACACAUCUGGACACUGAGACAUGGAGGGUUUAGGUACCUUGCCCAAGACCACAGAAUGGGGUAGCCUGGGUCUACCUACCUGUGGAGACUGUGCACUUUAACAAUCAAUAAAUGGACAAAGGACCUACAUAUAUAAUUCAACAAGAGAGAAAAUUCCAGUACUGUCACAAUGAAAUGCCUGUGUGUUAAGCCUUAGGCAAGACACACGGGCAGGGCCAUGGAGAGCUGAUGGCCAGCUGCCCCAUCGUGGUUCUCACUUACUUUUGGAAAAGUUGAUGUUGGACUAAAGGUUACAAAACAGCUCAGAUCACACCUUAACUAUAAUAACCCUGUGGGAGUAAGACUAAUACUAUAGAAACCCAGAGUAAAGCAGAAUGUAUAGUUACAUCUUAAA